AUGGCGGUCUUGACGGCCUUCCCGUCUCUCGAUGCCACACUCCGUUUCUUCUGCCUCCCUUAUUUGCCGUUGUAUUCGUUCGUUUGUUUGUCCACGAUCAAUAGCACCAAACACAUGUCCGAGUUCCUAACCACAGACGUCUUGGACGCGCUCCUUUCGGCGUCCCACGUCGAGCGACAGGCGGCGGAAGCCGUACUCCGGAACUGGACGGUGGAUCAGCGCAUUCGUGCCUUGCUACAGGCCUUGACGCAGCAGCCUUCAACGAACUUGCCACAAUCACAGGCAAUUGCCGUACGGGAACCGGUGUCGCGUACGGAACACCACCAACAAUUGCUCGCCGUCUUGUUGCGCCGGGAGAUUCAGCAAUCGUCGCACGUGGCGCUCCUGCACGACGCGAUGGAACCUCUCCUCCAGCGGAUUGUAACACACUCCGAUUCUCCCGGUGUUAGUACCAAUGUGGUGGGAGACUGUGUGGCCGAAAUUGUUUCCGUUACGGCGGCACUGGCCUCCCACGACGAUGGCGUCCGUCUCGUACGCCGUAUCCUGUCCUCCGUGGCCGAGCCGGCAUCCCACGCCGACCUUUCCUCAUUGAAACUCUUGGUUGCCGUGGCGGAACGGGCACCGACCGUCUUUGCACCCGCCGUGGCCGAUGACGUUUCGACUCUGGUUUCAACCGCACUCCGUCACGCGAUCCAUACCGGCCCUCCAACGGCCUCCCAGGUUCAACACCCUGGCAACGUCAUCCGCAUCCUCACCGACCUCGUCGUCGCCACCGCCCGGGCUCACGAAUCUGUACACAGUUACGGUGACAGUAGUGGUACCACCCUCGAUCCCAACACUCGGUCGAGUCAACUCGGCCGUACCUGUCUCGUACCGCUCCUCGAAACUAUACGACACGUACACGAUCGGGACGUCGUCUCCAAACUGUUGCAAGCCUUGACCUCGGCGGCGGAACACGUUCCCGCGCUCCUGGCCGGAUCGCCGCACACCCUACCAAUACUCGUCACCGUACUCAGCGAUGUCGCACACGAUGCCACCGACACGGAUGUCGAUCUACAACUCCAAGCCGUACAAGUACUGGCCUCGCUCGUUGAACACCACAACGUCAAACAUCAUCGCCUGACCCCCCAACUCGUUCAAGCCAUACUCCAAGGCACCAACGGUAAGCACGGAGUUGUCCAACUCUGUCUACACGCCAUGGUACACGGCACCGACGACGAUUGGGACGACGAACCCCUCGUCUGGCACCAAUAUAGCAAUGACAACGCCUCCGAUGAAACGGCCGCCUUUGCCCAGGAACUCCUUCACACCGUACUACAGGCACUCGGUAAACUCGCUUUGGACGUCGUCCUUCCCAGUGUGGAACGCUUAUGUUCGUCUCCCGAACCCACCGCCGUCCGCGCGGGACUGGCCGCACUCCAAGUCGCCGUCCAAGCCGCUCCCGUCAGCAUUCAACCCCAUUUGCCCGUCGUCGGCCGCGCCGCCUUGACCUGGGCUGCACCGACCCACCAUUCUUUCCGAGUCCAGUUCCAAGCCACACAACUGGCCGGCGUCUUGUGUGAACUCCCCGGUGACGCUACCGUACGUACACUGUACGGACCGCAACUCCUGCAAGCGCUAGCCGUCGCCACCGGCAGUCCCUGUCCCCACGUAGCCGCCGUCGCCUCCACCGCCAUUGUUUCCUACUGCCGCGGCGACGGCAUCACCGAGGUAGACGCUGCACAAUUCGUCGUACCGUAUCUAACUGACGUACUGCACGCCCUCGUUCACGGUCCCCUGUCGCUCUCCCGAACCGACCGCAGCCAGGUAGUGGUCGUGAUUCGUGCCGUCGGUGCCUGGCCUGCCUGGCGCAAGCUUCCGGUCCCGCCUUUGCCCCCUAUUACUCCCACGUCGUUCCUGGAUGCCGCAACCGGUAAUCCCGAACUCGCCCACUUGCGUGGUGCCGCGCUCGAGGCCGCUACCAUCAUCGGGCAGGCCUUGGGUGACACACACCGGGAACUCUUCGUCGCCGAUGCCGUAAACAUGAUGGACUGGGCGGUGCCUUACUUGAACUCCGGGGCGACCCACGUACCACUCGAACAGCUCUUGUCAGCCUGUGCCCGCGUCGCUUCGGUCCUCGGUGAAGACUACGCUCCCUACGCGGGAGUCGUACUACCGCAUUUGAUGCAACGCGCCACCGCAGCCGCGGAUAUGGAAGUCACUGAAGGCGACCAGGCCGGAUGGGACGCCACCCAACGACAACAAGUCGUCCGGGAUGAUGAACAAGGCACCGAGAGUAUGACCAUUGCCAUACCCGGUCGUGGCCUGGCGAAAGUCACCGUCAACACAACCAGAAUUCAGGAAAAAGCCCAGGCCGUUCGCGCCAUCUACGAGCACGCGGUUGCUCUGGGUGCCGCCUUUCCGCAAUCCGAAGCGUGUCUGGACGCAUUUCUAGAGUUGGUGCGCUUCCCGUACUCGGCUGAGAUUCGGGCCGUGUCGGCGCAAACCCUAGCAGCCAUUUACGAAGCUUCCUGCGCCCAUGGCGAAGACGGGGGUAUGCGUGUUCCAGCAACGUACCUUCCACUCAUAGCCCAAGGAAUUGCCACACAAAUCUACGAGCAGGAUGAGGCCGAUAUGGACGCGCUCUACGCCAUGGCAGAUUCCCUCAGCGAGAUCUACUAUAGUAUCUAUCGCAGGCUCGCCAAGUUUGGACCAGUGUUGCUAGAGAAGUUUACCGUGGGUACGGCGUCAGCAACGGUACAGUUGUUCAUGCAAGCUAUGGUGGCUUGUUUAGAACGACGACGCGAAACGGCUGAUAUUCUUUCCGGGAGCCCACAAUCUCCGCUCGGCGAAGAUGAACACGCCGAAUACGCAGAGUUGUUGCGGCUAGAGGAAACACUCUUGACGCCCCUCGUCGAUGCAGUUGGAUACACGCUAAAAUUCCUGCGCCACGAGUUCCUCCCGAUUUUCGAGGCGCACGUACUCCCCGUGCUCGGUCCGUACCUGUCGACCGGCAACGACAUUCGCGCACGGCUCGCGACCGUUUGUCUCUUUGACGACUGUGUAGAAUAUUGCGGUGCCGCAGCCGCCGCCAAGUUCGCUCCCAUGCUUAUGGAGGGAGCCUUGUUGGGUAUGAACGAUGCUAGUAAUGGGCAGGACGAAGAGCUCCUGAGGGCGGCCAUUUAUGGAAUUGCACAAAUUGCCCGCUACGCUCCGAGUUCCGUACUAGCACCUCACGCCCACAGUCUUGUACAGCAUUUAGCAACCAUCUCCAGUCAGCCCAAGGAUGAAGCCGACAAUGUGGCUAUUCACGAGAAUGCUGUGUCGACGCUAGCGUCACUCGUUCUGAUCGGCAACGCUCCUUUCCGAGGAUCCGCGUUUGUCAAGCCGGAGACGGCCCUUCACAUUUUUCUCGCGAAUUUGCCGUUGCGCGAGGAUGCAGACGAAGCCAAAAUUUGUCACAGCGGAUUGUGUGAUCUAGUCGAGCGUAAUACGAUCGACGUGACAGAGACCUGUCAGGAACUAAUUCGCAUCAUCGGUGAGAUACUGGUUUAUGUGGACGACGAGGAGGAUCUUGCAAGUCCCGAAACGCUCCUGCGCAGUGUUGGUAUCUUAUUUCGCAUGCAAAAGGAAGUCCAUGGCGACGCAAUGCAACGGGCAUUCGCGUCAAUUCCGGAUGAGGCACAGGCGGCGAUUAAUAACGCCAUGCAGCAACAUUCCCGUCAAUUCAACUGUGUCGUGACACCGUAA